CCGACCUCCUAAAAGCGCUUUCUUUCCACCUCUUAUUCUCGGUCCUUCCCUGUCCUCUCAUCUUCCUCCACCCUACUUUUGCUGCUCACACAUGUUUUCUUCAUUUCUUCAAGAAUCUUGCGUUUGUGGUGGUGGUGAGGAGAAUCUUUGGCUGGCCUGCUUUGUGUGGUCGCCGCCACUCUGUUAAUAUUCCUUGAACUAGCUAGCUUGCAACAUACUCAGAGCAGAGCAGAGCAUAGGGUGCUCCAUAGCCCAUACCAGCCAGCAGAAAAGCUACGCUUGCAGAUUAAUUAUCAAGCCUCAUGGUCGUCGUCGUCGUCUACUUAUAAACAUCCAUUGCUGGACCGCCAGACCUUCAAGUAGGAGCUCCAGUUGGUUUGCUUGAUUGACGAUGAACGGUGCGGCGCUAGACAACGUGAUCCGGCGGCUGCUGGAGGUGCGGCGGGGGCGGCCGGGGAAGCAGCAAGUGCAGCAGGUGCAGCUGGGCGAGGGGGAGAUCCGGCAGCUCUGCGGCGCCGCCAAGGACGUCUUCAUGCGCCAGCCCAACCUGCUCCAGCUCGACGCCCCCAUCAAGAUCGCCGGUGACAUCCACGGGCAGUACACGGACCUUAUCCGACUGUUUGAGCUGGGCGGCUUCCCGCCGCAGCACAAGUACCUGUUCCUGGGCGACUACGUGGACCGCGGCAAGCAGAGCAUCGAGACCAUCUGCCUGCUGCUCGCCUACAAGCUUCGGUACCCGGAGCACUUCUUCCUCCUCCGCGGCAACCACGAGUGCGCCUCCGUCAACCGCGUCUACGGCUUCUACGACGAGUGCAAGCGCCGCUACUCGGUCCGCCUCUGGCGCCACUUCUCCGACUGCUUCAACUGCAUGCCCGUCGCCGCCCUCAUCGAGUCGCGCAUCCUCUGCAUGCACGGCGGCCUCUCCCCGGACCUCCGCCACAUCCGCGACAUCGCUGGCCUCCCCAGGCCCGUCGAUGUGCCGGACACCGGCCUCCUCUGUGACCUCCUCUGGUCCGACCCCGGCGGCGCCGCGGGGUGGGGGCCCAAUGAGAGGGGCGUGUCGUACACGUUCGGGGCGGACGUGGUGGCGGCGUUCAUGGAGAGGCAUGACUUGGACCUCGUGUGCCGGGCGCACCAGGUGGUGGAGGACGGCUACGAGUUCUUCGCCGGGCGGAGGAUGGUCACGGUCUUCUCGGCCCCCAACUACUGCGGCGAGUUUGAUAACGCCGGCGCCCUCAUGUGCGUCGACGACGACCUCACCUGCUCGUUUCAGAUACUCAAGCCCGCGGACAACAGGCAGCGGCGUUUCGCCUUCGGCAUGGGAUCAUCGGCAACUACUAGUAGGGGGGUCCGAUCCCCGUGGUGGUAAUUAACACACUUUGGUCAAGACGGAUGCAAUAAACCCAUCUUUGAUUUCCUUGUCAAUUUUGUAUACUAUAAAGUUUCUUGCGUUCAUGCAUGGUCUAACUCAGAUAAACAACAGCAAAAGCAAGCCUUGUAAUUUC